AUGGCUGCAAUCAGCUUUUCCUCUUCCCUUGCCUCAGUUUCUUCUCUCCGUGUUUUUCGUCCACAUAUUCCCCAAAAUACCCCUAACCUUACUCUCUAUUCACGCUUCACACCACCAUCUUUCUCCUUCCCCUCUCUCUCCUUCAAACUCUGUGACACAGUCCGGUCUCGUCGACCUUCCCUCUUAAUCGUCUCCGCCGUUAAGUCUCUGACGGAGACGGAGCUGCUUCCGAUUUCCGAGUCUGAAUCGAUUCCGGCGGAUUCCGGCGUCUAUGCUGUCUAUGAUAAGAGCGAAGAGCUUCAGUUCGUCGGAAUUUCUCGGAACAUCGCUGCGAGUGUCUCUGCGCAUGUGAAAUCCGUGCCGGAGCUCUGUGGCUCAGUUAAGGUUGGUAUAGUAGAAGAACCGGACAAAGCGGUCCUAACACAAGCGUGGAAAUCAUGGAUAGAAGAACACAUAAAAGUAACAGGAAAAGUCCCGCCGGGGAAUAAGUCAGGGAACAACACAUUUGUCAAACAGAAUCCGAGGAAGAAAUCUGAUAUCCGUCUCACUCCAGGUCGCCAUGUCGAGCUCACAGUUCCCUUAGAGGAACUGAUUGACCGGUUAGUGAAAGAGAACAAAGUGGUAGCUUUCAUUAAGGGAUCAAGAAGUGCACCUUUAUGUGGAUUCUCACAGAGAGUGGUAGGGAUUCUUGAAAGCCAAGGAGUGGACUAUGAAACAGUAGAUGUGCUUGACGAUGAGUAUAAUCACGGUCUAAGGGAGAAGCUGAAGAAUUACAGCAAUUGGCCAACGUUUCCACAGGUAUUUGUGAAAGGAGAACUUUUAGGAGGUUGUGAUAUAUUGACCUCAAUGUAUGAGAAUGGCGAACUUAGUGAUAUGUUGAAUUAG